GCCCGGCCCGGCCCGUGGCCCCCGGGCUCAGCGCCGGGCUCUGGUCUCUCUCCGCAGCUUGCCCUGGGCGUGGCCCUGCUCAACAUCCGCAUCCCCCUGCUCCUGGGGGAGCUGGUCGACGUGGUGGCGCGCUGCACCCGGGGGCAGGCUGGGCACUACCUGCGGGCGGUGCGCCGGCCUGCCCUCCGCCUGCUCCUGCUCUACUGCCUGCAGGGGCUGCUGACCUUCGGCUACAUCGUGCUGCUGGCGCGGGUCGGGGAGCGGGUGGCCGGCAGCAUGCGCAAGUCCCUCUUCGCAUCCCUGCUGCGGCAGGACGUGGCGUUCUUUGAUGCCAACCGGACAGGGCAGCUGGUGAAUCGGCUCACGACCGACAUCCAGGAGUUCAAAUCCUCCUUCAAACUCGUCAUCUCCCAGGGCCUGCGCAGCGUCACGCAGACUGUGGGCUGCUUCGCCUCGCUCUACCUGCUCUCGCCCAAGCUGACCGGGCUCCUGCUGGUGGUGAUGCCCAGCCUGGUGGGCGCCGGUGCCCUGAUUGGUUCCGUCCUGCGCAGCCUAUCCCGCCAGGCCCAGGAACAGGUGGCCAAGGCCACGGGGGUGGCAGACGAGGCGCUGGGAAACGUGCGGACCGUGCGGGCCUUUGCCAUGGAGGACAGAGAGGUGGCCCUGUACUGCCACGAGGUGGAUCGGUCGAGCUGGCUGAACGAGAAGCUGGGCAUGGGCAUCGCUGUCUUCCAGGGGCUGUCCAACGUGGUGUUGAACUGUAUCGUGCUGGGCACCAUCUUUGUGGGGGGAUCCCUCAUGGCUGGGGAGGAGCUCUCACCUGGAGACCUCAUGUCCUUCAUGGUGGCUUCACAGACAGUGCAAAGGUCCAUGGCCAACAUCUCCGUUCUGUUUGGACAGGUCGUGCGAGGCCUCAGCGCUGGAGCCCGUGUCUUUGAGUUCAUGACCCUGGAGCCAACCGUGUCCCUGACCGGGGGGGACCAGAUCCCCAGCCACUCCCUGCUCGGCCACAUCUGUUUCCGGGACGUCUGCUUCAGUUACCCCACGCGCCCCGGCUGCCCAGUGCUGCGGAACUUCAGCCUCACCCUGCCCCCUCGCAAGACAGUGGCCAUCGUGGGCGAGUCGGGAGGAGGGAAGUCAACGGUGGCGGCACUGCUGGAGCGUUUCUAUGAGCCCACGCAGGGGGCCAUCACGCUGGACGGAUGUGAGCUCUGCAACCUGGACCCCUCGUGGCUACGGGGACAGGUCAUUGGCUUCAUCAGCCAGGAGCCUGCGCUCUUUGGAAUGAGCAUCCUGGAGAACAUCCGCUUUGGAAAGCCCGACGCAUCUGACGCCGAGGUCUAUGCCGCGGCCCAGCUGGCCAAUGCCGACAGUUUCAUCCGCAGCUUCCCCCAGGGCUAUGGCACCAUCGUGGGCGAGCGCGGCGUGAUGCUGUCGGGGGGCCAGAAGCAGCGCGUGGCCAUCGCCCGGGCCCUCCUCAAGAACCCGUCGGUGCUGAUCCUGGAUGAGGCCACGAGUGCGCUGGACACGGAGUCGGAGCAGCUGGUGCAGGAGGCACUGGAGCGGGCCAUGGCUGGCCGCACCGUGCUGGUCAUCGCCCACCGCCUCAGCACCAUCCAGUGCGCCGACCUCAUCGUGGUGCUGGCCCGGGGCUGUGUGGCCGAGGCCGGGACCCACGCGGAGCUGCUGCGCCGGGGCGGGCUGUACGCUGAGCUCGUCCGCAGACAGGCCACGGAGCAGCCCUGAGCGGGGACGAGCCCGGCCUGGCCGUGGCGGCUGCAGGGACUGAACCUGGUGCCCACGCGGCUCCCGCCUGAGCUGUGCCGAGCCCAGCGCAGACACUGGAUCUGUGCACCUACCUCUGGGGCUGGGGCCCUGCCUGGCCACGGGCCCUCCUCCUCUGCCCCCAGGCGGGGCUCCCGGCCUUCCUCUCUGGUCUGUCCCCAGGCUGGGCCUGGGCCUUGGCUCCGCCCCCCAACGCCGGGCAGGACCUGGCCCAUGGCCGCAGGAAGGUGGUGAGUGCCCAGGUUCAUGUUGUGCCCUGUCCGCCAAUAAAAGCCAAGUGCAGCUGCA